AUGGACGACCGAGACGACCUCGGCGACUUUGCCCAUCUACACAUCAUGCAAGGCAACCAAGUGGCUCCCGCGAAAUCUCUCCGAACCAACAACGGACGCGUUCAUCAGUGUUGUGACGAAGUCGAUGAUGGCAUCGUAGCCGCAGACGCGUGUGCAUAUGUGAAUCCCCACGCCAGCGACGCAGCGCCUCUUGAUGACAACAACGAUAGGACCACGUUGGAAGUGGCGGAAACAGGGGGCCGCGUGGCGUACCUUGUGCUGACGCUCGGGCUGAGCUUGUACUACCUCCACCUACUGACGCCCGUGAUGGCCAACGACCUGUGGUGGGCGGGGUUUAAUGUCUCUGGCGCGCAAACGUAUCUCAUUGACGUCGUCAACGCCCAGCUCAACCUGGCUGACACCGUUUGGAAUGUCGACGUGACAGCCACGGGAAAGACUGGCGACUACUCAACGUAUUUUACACCCGUGCACAUUUCCCCUGUGUACGGCUGCGCCGUGGUGGCGUCCCAGAUCACGAAUCUGUCGGCGAUCAUCGCCAUCCUCUCCACGACUUCCACGCCCGAAGACAUCCCGACGCAAUACCCUGACAAAGGGGCAUGCAUUGGCAACGGGGCCACGCAGUGUCGGCUCACCUCCUGGAACAGCUGGAUGGGUUCGUACGGGAGCCUGUUUGCCAGUUGUAUGGUAGCGCAAUGGGCGUGUGACACUGUGCUCCGCGCCACGACUGAAGCGUUGCACCUGUUUCAGCAACUAUCACCCAAUAGCUGGAGCCACUACCUUGAACGCACAGUUUCAACAGGCGCAACGCUACGUCAUGGCUUUGAACGUCAUGACGAUGCAGGCCGUCCAGUUUGUUUGGGGGAGAAUACGCUCUUUUUUGGGUGGAUAUACCUCUUUGAGUGGGCGGAGCUGUCUCGGGAAGUGAUUUCCGUCGAAGGCGAUUACGAUACCCUACGAGCGCAGGCGUUGGAAACCCCCGAAGCCCGUCGCAGUCCCGAGCACGAGUCUAAGCUGGCUCAUCACGUUGGGUUUGGACGUACACCACCCACGCCCGGCCAUAUUCAAGUGGAAGACCUCCACAAAGCGUUCUCGCUGGCCAUCGUUCAAGUUGCCAGUGCCGUGGGCUCGUUCGCGGUCCUUUCGUUGUGGCAGACGUUUGUCCGCCGCGUCGAGUUGCGUGCGGUCAACGACCACCUACUUCUGUCCGGCAUGGCCACUGCGUUCUACAGAAGGACAUUGCCGAGCAUGGAUCACUACAUUUUCGAACUCAAGCUGUGGCUGCCGGUGCACCAGUCGAAUCUCCAUAGAGUCAAGUGGGGCAUGAAGGUAUCCAAGCUCACGGCCGGCAGCAGCAGCAGUGCCAAGGCAGUCGUACCGCACAUCAACCGGCUGUACGCUGUCGCAGGACUCGGCUACAUGUGCGCGACCAUCUUUGGCAGUGUCAUGCACUUGUCGUUGACCCAAGCAUUGCCAACGACUCCUUCUGGGCUAACUACAACAUCUCUAGGGACGUUCGACCUCACCGAAGACAAAGCUGGGAAGGACUUUGUCAAACAAGGUGUGCAUCAAUUCCACGGCAGCAGCGCGGACGUCCCCUUUGACCGUGGCGGCCGUCGGAUCAACAGACCCGGAUCGGCAAAGAAUGUGAUGCUCCGGAGGAGGUUCCGGGGACCAGCCAGCAAAUCAGCAACGCACGAGUCUAGGUCUAGCCCAGGGGCGUUGCGGCAAAUGCACGGCCAAGACACUGGCCACGGCACUGGGUCGAAUGAACUCGCCGAGGGAAUCCAAGCAGGGGGUCAUCGCCCCCGACAGAAUACACAUGUCGAAACGCAUAUCCCCCCAGGCAGUUCCUCACAAAAGACAUUUCCCCCAACAGAGUUCAACUCGUCCCACUGGUCGUACCAAAUUCUGGGCACGUACCCAAUGUCGUUGUAA